AUGGCUUGUAAAAAUCGAACAAGAGUCUUUAAAUCUGAACCGGUCACUCAGUUCAUGGACUAUGUGAUGCAGGUCCGUAAAAAUUUCAAAGAUGUCUGUGUAAUUGCACACAAUGGGCAGGGCUUUGACUUCCAAUUUUUGCUCAAGUAUGUGCUAGAAGAUACAAAGUUCACCCCGAAACUUGUAAUGCGGGGAACUAAGGUAAUUUUGAUGGAAAUUGACAAUGUGAGGUUUGUUGAUUCACUUAGUUAUUUCCCUAUGCCUCUUGCUGCACUACCUAAAGCAUUUGACCUGCCUCCAGAAAAGAAGAAAGGCUAUUUUCCCCACCUUUUCAACACCCUUGAGAAUCAAAAUUAUGUGGGCCCUAUGCCAGCAAAGGAGUUUUACUGUCCAGAAUCUAUGUUUGAAAAAUCACACAAAGAUUUUGAAAACUGGUAUAAUGAUCAGGUUGCAAACCGCGUUACAUUUGACUUUAAAAAAGAAAUCCUCGAGUACUGUAUCUCGGAUGUUGAUAUCCUAGCCCAAGCUUGUUUAAAGUUCCGUUCAAUUUUCCUGGAAGAGUGUAAUGUGGACCCGUUUCUCGAGGCUGUAACCAUUGCCAGUGCUUGUAACCUGGCCUUCCGUCGGAACUUUUUGAAGAAAAAUACUAUCGGCAUCGUUCCUAAAAACGGUUAUAGGCUUACAGACGCUCAAUCGGCAAUCGCGUUACAGUGGCUAUCGUGGGAAGAGGAGAAACGUGGAGUUAGAAUUGAACACGCUGGCCGUGGAAAAGAAGUUAAGAUCAAUGGAAUGAAAGUUGAUGGGUAUGAUGGUCAAAAUAUUUACGAAUUUCAAGGCUGCUACUUCCAUGGCUGCCCCAAAUGCUUUCCCUACGACCGUGAACUUGCUUUGAAAGAGGAUCCCUCUGACUCACUUCACUUGCGAUAUGAACGGACUAAAACUAAAAUAGCAAAGUUGGGCGAUAACGUCGUACAAAUGUGGGAAUGUGAAUUUAGAAAGUUAAAAAAGACGGAAAACCUGAAACACCUAGAAAAGUUGCCGAUCCUCAACAAUUUACCUCUGAACCCGAGGCAAGCAUUUUUUGGGGGCCGAACCGGUAAUGCUAAAACCUAUCACAAAUGCGCUGAAGGGGAAACCAUUGAAUACGUGGAUGUAUGCUCUCUCUAUCCCUGGGUAUGUAAAUAUGGCAAGUACCCUGUAGGCCAUCCAACGAUCUAUGUAGGUGAUAGAGAGUGUAGGCAGAGAGGUCUUAAUGUCGAAGGCCUAUUGAAGUGUAAAGUACUCCCACCACGCGAUCUUUACCAUCCUGUGCUCCCGGCCAAAAUGAAUGACAAGUUAAUGUUUGUUUUGUGCGCGACUUGUGGAGAUGGUCAGAUUCAAAGUGAUUGCGACCACGAAAGUGGUGACAGAGCACUUAUUGGGACCUGGACCAUGGACGAAGUUCGUAAAGCCGUAGAAAAGGGUUAUGUUGUACUCGACAUGUAUGAACUUUGGGAGUAUAAGGUAGCCACAUAUGAAAAUGGGGGAUUGUUUACUGACUUUAUAAAUAAAUUUUUAAAAAUGAAACAGGAAGCAUCCGGGUUCCCGGGUUGGUGUGAAACAGACGAGGACAAAAACAAGUACAUUGACGACUAUUUUAAAAAAGAGGGUGUCCAGCUGGAAAAAGACAAAAUUGUAAAGAAUGGUGGCUUGAGGUCAUUGGCUAAACUGAUGUUGAACUCGUUUUGGGGAAAAUUUGGACAGCGUGAAAAUCAGACCAAAGCUACGAUUGUCAGGGACCCAAAAACACUUUUCAAAAUGUUAACUAGCCCUGAAAUUGAUGUAAAUAGAGUACAGAUUGUCAAUGACGAGGUUGUUGUUGUCAGCUGGGAGUACAUUGAUGAGUUUGAAAGAGAUGGUCCUUGGUGA